AUGCUGAACCUUGGUCCGGUGAAAAGCGCCUACGAAACGGGAUGUCGACGAGAAGCAAAACCAAACGAAUCGCCGCCGAGAACCGACAAGGUGUCGACGCACCAUCAGAAGCAGCCAGCAGCCGACAGCAAUCAUCACCUCCUCUCAUGUAUGGCACAAUGGGCGGAUGUUUCGAUAUCGAUGCCGCACAUGGCAAUCGUCAGCGUCGAUGAGGAACCACAGAACUUUGAUGCUGCUACGGGAUUAGAGGCGAAAUGUCCAAUGUGUCGGACAUUGACUACGGCAGCUGCAGAUGAAGACCGCGGAGAGCGGUUGAGGGCCGCCUACCCUACUACGUACGCGGAACGGGAAGCAGAGGAGUCCGCUGAGAUCGAGAGUGGGGAGAGCAUUCAGACCAUUACGGUCUACAUCGGCAACAGGCACGAAAUUGUCUCUCGCACGGAGGAGACACACAACACGCACCAGUGGACUUUCUUCAUUCGACCUAGCCGGACGGACAUCAUCGAGGAGGUCCACAUCCAUCUCCACCCGACUUUUCGACAGAGCCACAUCGUCCGCACUCGACCCCCGUACGCAGUCCAACGCCUAGGCUGGGGCGUCUUCCCAAUACUUGCGGAUGUCAUCUUGAAAGCCGGGUACAGCUGGGUGUCAUCCGAUGCGGAAGAUUCACCGGAUGGAGCGCCCAAGGGUAUGCUCAGGUUGGAGUGGAUGUUGGACUUCUCGAGCUUCAACGCAACGGGUGCAAUGGGGAGGUGUAGAUUGAAGGUGAAGAGUGAUCGCGACUGGAACGAUGGGGAGGCCGCGAGGGAUCGGAGAGAAUGGGAGAGAGUUGUCAGGCAGUACGAGCGAGAUGGGCGAUAUGAGCCUGACUUGGUUGAUUGA